AUGACACACAUAGUCGACAUAUUUUUGCAAAAGGUGAUACCCGAUGAGUAUCAAAAUUAUUCACCAUCAAUCGGAGUUAAUGAAAUUUUUUUAUUGGCUGAUAGUGGGCCUAGCAAUGAAAGAAUAUUAAUAUUUGGUCGACCACUUGGACUCAAGUUAUUGAAAGAUUCGAAAAUAUGGUACAUGGAUGGAACUUUCAAAGUGGCACCUACUCUAUUUUGCCAAGUUUAUGUUAUUUUAGCUGAAUUUUUAGGGGGAGUGCAUCCUGCAGUUUAUGCAUUGCUACCUAACAAAAAGGAACAAACAUAUGUAAAAUUAUUUAGUAUGAUUAAUCAAUUACAACCUGAUCUCCAUCCAACAUCAGUUUCUUGUGAUUUUGAACUUGGAGCCAUAACAGCAAUUAAAAAUUCAUUUGUAAAUAUAAAUAUUUUUGGAUGUUAUUUUCAUUUAAGCCAAAAUUUUUUGAAAAAAGUUGGGGAGUUACAUUUACUGUCAAAAUAUAAUAAUGAAGCAAAUUUUUGUGUUGCGACCAAAACAAUUAUUGCACUGGCGUUUAUACCACUGUGUGAUUUAGAUAUGGCUGCAGAUGAGUUGGCAGACGAACUUCCAGAUGAGCUUAUACCAUUAUUUGAGUGGUUUGAAGAAUUUUAUAUUGGGAAGAAAAAUCGACGUAUAGGACGAAGAAAACCACGAUAUUCUCCUGAAAUGUGGAAUCUUCACCAACGAAUAUUGAAUGAUACAGAUCGGACAAAUAAUCAUGCAGAGGCGGCGAACCGACGAUUAAAUAUUCAAAUGGGUACUCAUCCAACGAUAUGGACCUUCAUUGCGAAUCUCAAAAAAAUUCAAGCCGGGCGUGACACGUAUUAUGAAAAUCUUGUGUCGGGAAAUAGUCCUCCAAGGAAGUUGAAAAAAUUUCAAGACACAGAUAAAAGAAUAAAAAGGUUAGUAAAUAAUUAUGAUAGGCAAAAUAAAAUGAUAUUUUUAAGAGGUAUAGCAAAUAAUAUUUGUAUGGAAUCUGUUCCUAUUCCUGAAACCAAUGAGUACAACGGCUCUGGUGGUGGAUCCAAUGGUAUCAAUUUCACUUUACCAUUUGCGCAACACAAACCAUUGGCCUCGUUUUUGUACUUCAAAGCCUUACAAUAUGAGCAAACUGAGUUCAUAGAACCAAUAACAACACACUGGUAG